GGCAGCCACAGCUUCUCUGGGUAACCUGUGCCAGGGCUUCACUCCCCUUUACAGGGAGGAAUUUCUUGCCAAUAUCCCCUCCUGAGUCCAUUUCUCCAUCUGUAAAGGAAGGGCAACAUUACAUGGCUCUAUAAAGUUGAAUCAUGCAAGGAUGGAAUGGUUUGGCUUGAAGGGACCUUUUAAAGCCCAUGCAAUCCCUUUUGCUGCCAGGGGUGGGGGCACCUUCCUGUCCAAUCUGGUCUGGCAUACUUCCAGCAGUGCACUCGCAUCUCCUGCAUCUGUAGAAGUUUGAGUUAUCCACAGCCCCUGUAACAGACUCCGCUCAGUGACUAAAAGGAAGAAUGACGCAAGCAACGGCCAAUUUGUGGAAGUGGAACACUGGUGAUGAGGACGUAAAAUUGCUGAAGUAACCUCACAGCUGGGAACAACUCCUGAUAAGCUGCUGUGAACAGCCAGGGAUCCUACAGCAUGGAUCAGGUCUAACACUCCCCCUGCCCAGGAGUUGCUUUGGGGAGCCCCCCGUGAGCAAGCAAACACUCCACAUCGCUGAGCAGAAGGGAAGACUGAGAAGAUUCUCCCCAGUCCUGCUGCUCUCCAGAGGUCACAUCACCUCGCCAGCCCUGUGGUCUUCUCCGCACACCUCCCACCCCACAAACAGGCACAAAUCCACUUGGCUUUGCUUCAAAACUUCAGCCACAGCAGAAUGUUUAAAAAAUUCACAAAAUUCCUUGUAAAACAAAUGGAUCCAAGCAAAGAAUUGGUCCCUGUCGAGAGCAUCGCAGACAAUGAGCACUUCAAGCCUCUCUAUCUACUGAAAAAAAAAAGCAAAUCAAAAACCAUAUUCCACCCAGCUCCCUACUACCAGCGGACAGGGUUCACACUGGAUGAUGUGCUGCUGCCUGGAGAAGAUGGUAAAAGCAUAGUGUCCUUCCAUCAAGAUUCCAGCCAAUUUACUCUCACAAAAGUCAGCGCUGACCAAGCUGAUGGAGGUCUCAGCAUCUCUUUUGACCCUGCAAGUGUAGAGCUGAAAGGAGCUGCCUCUCUGUCCAAGGUGUUUUCCAUCAAACCCCAGAAGAAGAGUGUAUCACUGGAAUCACUGGAGGCACUGAGAAGAGAAAGACAAAUCAACAUGGAUCACUCCUUCAUCCAACAGCUACGGAGAACAGACAUCCACCUAUAUGUGGUCACUGAAAUCCUCGAAGCCUCGGAGGAGACCGUCUACAAGGAAUCCACCAAGGCAGACGGGGGCUUCAAGGCCAAAUUUUACAGCACGCUCUGUGCACAGAGCACCAAGGAGGACAAACAAAGCAUAGUCAUACCCAAGGGCUGCACCCUGGCCUUCAGGACCAUCCAGCUACACAUUAGAGAUGGAGCAUGGGAUCUGGAUUAUUUCCCAGCAGAAGCCAUGAGAAGGGCAGAUUACGUAGCUGAUGGUCCCUCACAAGGAAAAUUAGGAGUAGUGCUGAGAGAAGUUAAAUACUCCUGCCGAAUUUUCCCCGAGUUGUCUCCUGACCUGUUGCUCAUAGUCUUAAACACCAUUAAAACUGUGAUGAGGGACAAGAACCUCCUACAAGAGCUCAGCCAGAAAAUGGAAGAAGUUCCUGAGGAAAAUGAUGGUUAUCAGCUGAAAACUGAGAGCCCAGACUUAAAAGACCUGUUCAGCACCUUAGAGCAUUCUCCAAGAGAUCUUCUCCUUCAGCUGGCAGAGGGAAUCACCUACAUCUUUGACGCUUUGCAUGAGUUAUUGGAGGAUCAGCUGCUGCUGCUGCUGGAAUCCUUGGAAAGGAAGAUUGUGUCCCAACAGCUGGAGCUGGUUGAACACCUCCUGAAACACGACCUGGAGAACAGGAAGGAGCCUUUCCAUGUGGAUGCUGAGCUGCUCUCCUUCCCACACAAGGAGGAACAGCUGUUAACCAUGGCCCUGGUGGAGAUGAGUGGAGUGCAGCUCCAGGAAGAUGGAUCAGCUGUCCCUAGGGAUCAGCCCUUCGAGGCCAUGGCAGCCCUGUUCGUGGUCCUGUAUACCCUCAAUCUCCUGAGUGGCUUGGAGUAGGAGGUACCUGGCCCAGCCUAGGGAACACCUCCUCAAGAUAUUGGAAAAUCUCUGAUGACAAGACACGUUUCUCUCCCAAUUCCAUCCUUGUUCAUGCUCAAGGAUACUUUGGCUGUGAAAGGCAAAUUUAAGGCAGGAAAACUCAUUAUGGAUGCUAAGGGCUGGAUAUCCAAGGGGAUUUGUCUGUCUGUCUCCCCAUGAAUGCAGAGGGACAGUGGGAAAAUCCACAAGCCCAAAGAAUCCCAGGCCUGGCUGUGAUGCCUCGUGUAAUCCUACUUCCCUAAAAAUGCUGCUGCCGCUUCUGCAAUCAGUAAAUGGGAAAGAGAAGGGUAUAGGAAACCUGAAGUGGACGGGAAUGCAAAGAGAAAGGGGAAAUGGAAAGGGAAAGGGAAGGCAGAGGAAACAAACGCCAGAAGGAAACACCAGGAGUGACUCUCCCUGGUCCCUCUGUGGUUCACUGAGGGCUCCGUGAACUGCUGGUGGCCAGAAGGUUGGGGAAUCCCAGAGGUUUCAGCAACACCUCCCUGCUCCCAGUGCUGCCAUUGUCCCUGAGAUGCUUGAGGGACACGGGCAGCACUUCAGAGCAACCAUCCUCUCAUUAUCACUUUAUAAAUAAAGAUCAGUUUCUUGCUAAGCAAC